GUUUAUCUGUUUUCUUUUAUUAGUAUUGUCCUGUGUUGAGCCUUAUUUGUAUUUAGUGUUUAUCCUGCAAGGAGCCCCAUUGUAACGCUCAGGUGAUUUAAAUAUUUGGCCAGUCGCUAUAUAAGGUGAUGUCAGGUUUGUCUUGGGUAGCGCACGUUUUCCUUGACCAGUGAAAGUAGUUUCACAUGUCCAUGGAGGGUUAGGUAGUUUUUCGUGGUAACUGAAUCUCCAAUCAGGGUCCCUAUUGAUACAUGUACGUUAGUAUGAUUUGGUGCUGUCGGCGGAGGCAACCUAAGGGCGUGGUACGCUGGGCCGAGACCGUGAGAGAGGAAACGUGGUUUCCCGGAUUUGGCAGCAUUGCAGACGCUUAAGACGCGUGGGAUAGGCGCAGGACGUCGAGGACGUGGUGGCAUUUGGUGUAAGGGCGUGGUACCCGUAGGUCAUGGACCGAUAAACAGAGGAGGCGGGGACGGAUAUAGGAACGUGGUCUCAGGAUGGACACUGAUAGACAUUUUGAAAUUCAUUAAUUUCAUUUUGUAUAUUUGUACAUAUUUGUUUUUAUAUAAAAUUGUAAACAGAAAAAUAGUCUUGUUAUCACUGAUCAAGCUUAGGGUGUCGUGACAAUGGUGUCAGAAGUGGGAUGAUGAUGUUAGCUUUGAUCAGUGAUUGGUUUUUUUUUUUUUUUUUAAAUGUUUUUUGUGUAAAUUGGACUGAACGUUGGAAAAAUAUUGUAGUAUUUUCAUGUAUUGAAGUUAUAAUAUUUUUUUUUAUUGUAUUGUUGUAGAGAGACGUUCAGAUAGAAGUUAGGGGACCCUGAGAGGAGUGGACGUUACCAUGAAUUUGUUUGUAUUAUGAAGGUUUGAUUUCGAUUUAGUCCAGUUUUCCUGGAGUGAUAUUUUGCUUUGUCAUUUUUUUGUCAGUUUAUGUUGUUUGAUAGUUGGUUUAUUUACUGGCGAUUUUUGAGAUGGAUUUGUUAAAAGAGCUGACUGCAUAUGGUCAAAGUUUGGAGUUGACGGGAGCGGAUCUUCAGAGGUUCAUCCGUGAACAACAGGCACAUCUGCGAGAACUCAGAGUUGAGCAGAGAGAGAGACAAAAGGAGGACAGAGACUAUGAGUUGAAGAGAGAAGCUUUGGAAGUAGAGAAGCUCCGUCUAGAAGAAAAGAAAUCUCUAGAUGCACUCGAAAGUAAGUACCAAGCUAAUGUACAAGAACUUAAGUACCAGUUGAGUUUGAAAGAGACAGAAUCUAAAGCUGUUAAGUCAGACAUAUCUGAUGGUUCAUUAACAAAGGUUCCUAAAAUGCCAUACUUUGAUGAGAUUAAAGAUGACAUAGACUCUUUUCUUAGACGAUUCGAAAGAUACGCUAUAGCACAGAAGUGGAACGAAGGAAUGUGGGCCGUGAACUUAAGCGCAUUACUUAAAGGACGAGCUCUUGAUGUCUAUGCCCUACUUCCACAAGAAAAGGCUCUGGAUUAUGCAGCCCUUAAAACAGCUUUGCUGAGGAGGUUUGAGAAAACAGAGGACGGUUUUCGAGAAUAUUUCCGUAGGUGUAGACCAGAGGUAGGUGAAACCUUUACACAAUUCGCAGUUCGUUUAGGAAGUUAUCUAGAUAGAAGGAUUGAGUUUGGAAAAGUUAACAAAACUUACAACGGACUAUAUGACUUAGUGUUGCGAGAUCAGUUCAUAUCAAUCUGUAAUAGAGACUUAUCGUUGUUCCUAAAGGAGCGUAUUCCAAAAAGUAUUGAAGAGAUGUGUAUGUUAGCGGAUCAGUUCAAAGAGGCGCGUCAUGUAAACAUAUUAACUUUAGUUUCUUCUAGCAAAAAGGAAACGACAUUUGAAAACAGAAAUCCAGUUUCAGCAAGAGAUCAACGCAGCCAGAAGGAGCAAGUGCCGCCGAAGACUAUUUGUCAGUCCUUUUCACAACAGAAGAAGACAGGGAAGGAUAUUCGAUGCUACAAAUGUUCCAGGCUAGGACAUAUAGCCUCGCAGUGUAAACAGUCAUCAAGUAAGAAUCAAAGCUUUGCGGUGAAAGCGGAUACUUCUAGUGAGUCAGGAAGCAGUUUGAAGGAACACAAAGAUUCAGGCAAGUGCUCUGCUUUUACAUCUAUAACAUCAACUUCAACAUUUUCAAUGGCAAAUUCGUCAGACUUAUUAACUACAUCAGCUUGCAGUAUAGCUAAUUUCUCAGAUCAGAUGCCUGUUUGUGUUGGUGAAAUUAAUGAUCAGUCUGUUCAAGUACUUAGAGACACGGGAUGCAAUGGUGUAAUAGUGCGUAGGAGUCUUGUCCAUGAUGAUCAACUUACUGGAGACCAUCAAGUGUGUGUUUUGGCGGACGGAUCCAAAAUUGAAACCCCUAUCGCAAAGGUGAAUGUUGACACUCCGUAUUUCGUAGGAGAAGUGAAUGCGUGGUGCCUACAUGCUCCAUUAUAUCCUUUGAUUAUCGGAAACAUUCCGCAUGCUAGAGAUCCUCACGAUCCGAACAAGGACUGGAAGCCUAGUGCUGUGAAUGCUGUAGUGACUAGACAACAGAAACGCAUGGAAGGUAAGAAGAUAAAACCCCUUUCUGUUCCAGAAAUAAUAGGAUCUGAAGUUUGUCCAGAGGAUAUGUUGAAAGCACAGGAAGAAGACGAGACGCUGAAGAAUCUUAGAGCUUUGGUUGGAAAGGAAACCAACUACAACAGAGUGAAGUACAUUUUGAAGAAAGGUAUGCUGUUUCAAGUUUUCCAGUCAGAGAAAGUCGAGAAUGGUAAGCAGUUUACUCAACUAGUUGUUCCUAAGAAGUACAGAAUGAAAGUUUUAUCACUUGCACAUGAGUCUUUAAUGGCAGGUCAUUUAGCUACAUCAAGGACAAUUGAUAAAGUGCUAGCUGAGUUUUAUUGGCCAGGAGUCCAGGCUGACGCAAGACGGUUUUGUCGAUCCUGCGACAUAUGUCAGAGGACUCCUCCUAAAGGUAGGACAACUAAAGUUCCAAUGAGUGUUAUGCCGAUCAUCGAUGAGCCAUUCAGACGCGUAGCAGUUGAUCUGGUAGGACCAAUACAGCCAAUGACUGAUAACGGUAAUCGUUAUAUUUUAACUUUAGUUGACUUUUCAACACGCUAUCCAGAAGCGGUUGCACUCAAAGGUAUAGAAACUGAAAGAGUAGCUGAGGCAUUAGUAGAUAUAUUUUGCAGAAUCGGAGUUCCGAAAGAGAUGCUGACAGGCAUGGGGACACAGUUUAUUUCAGAGUUGAUGGGUGAAGUAAGUCGUUUACUUUCGAUGAAACAGUUAUCCACGACACCCUAUCACCCGAUGUGUAAUGGCUUGGUGGAGAGAUUUAAUGGUACCCUGAAGCAGAUUCUUCGACGACUGUGUUCAGAGCGGCCAAAAGACUGGGACAAGUACCUGUCAGCAGCACUUUUUGCGUAUCGAGAUGCCCCACAGGAGAGCUUGGGAUUUUCGCCAUUCGAAUUGGUAUACGGACACAGAGUCAGGGGUCCGAUGAGAAUCCUACGAGAGCUUUGGACGAAAGAAGAGACGGAUUCUGAGGACCAUUUGAUGGUGAUAAAGGAGUUCCUACAAAGAUUGCGGGCAGCUAACUUGACAGCCAAGCCAAGCAAAUGUUUCAUUGGAUUCAGCAGUAUAGAAUGUUUGGGAUACAUUGCAGGAAAAGAGGAACUCAGACCAAUUCCAGAUAAGGUCGAAGCAAUCCAGAACUGUAUAAGACCUAUCACAAAGAAACAAGUAAGAUCUUUUCUCGGUUUGGUCGGGUUUUAUCGUAAGUUUAUUCCCCAUUUUUCAGCUGUUGCCGCACCAUUAUCCGACCUGACGAAAAAGGGACAGCCAAACAAAGUUUUGUGGGGAGAGACCCAGCAGAACGCUUUCAUCACCCUGAAAUCAGCACUUAUGGUAACGCCAGUACUAAAGCUGCCGAACAUCAGCGAAGAAUUCAUCUUGCAAACGGACGCAUCAGAUGUUGGCAUUGGAGCGGUUCUUCUCCAGUAUGAGAAUGGUAUCAAGAAACCCGUUGCUUACGCCAGUAAGAAACUUACAGCGCAGCAAGUUAAGUAUUCUACGAUCGAGAAAGAAUGUUUUGCUAUCAUAUGGGCAGUUCAGAAAUUUCAGAGAUAUCUGUACGGAAAACAAUUUAUGUUGGAGACAGACCAUCAGCCGCUUAUUUAUUUAUCUCAAUCUAAAGUGCUUAAUGCAAGACUAAUGAGAUGGUCCUUACUUUUGCAGCCUUACAGGUUCCGUAUUGUGGCGAUUAAAGGAUCAGAGAACGUGGGAGCCGAUUGUCUAAGUAGGCUGUAGGAUUUGAGUGAGACAUUAUGAACAUUGUAGUUUUGUACAUAUGUUUUUUGUUGUUGUUGAUUGUGAGUUUUGCACAAGUUCAGUGAACUUUCUUGAAUUGGGGAGGUGAUGUCACAAUCAAAGUUGAUUUUGUUAUAUGUUUAUCUGUUUUCUUUUAUUAGUAUUGUCCUGUGUUGAGCCUUAUUUGUAUUUAGUGUUUAUCCUGCAAGGAGCCCCAUUGUAACGCUCAGGUGAUUUAAAUAUUUGGCCAGUCGCUAUAUAAGGUGAUGUCAGGUUUGUCUUGGGUAGCGCACGUUUUCCUUGACCAGUGAAAGUAGUUUCACAUGUCCAUGGAGGGUUAGGUAGUUUUUCGUGGUAACUGAAUCUCCAAUCAGGGUCCCUAUUGAUACAUGUACGUUAGUAUGAUUUGGUGCUGUCGGCGGAGGCAACCUAAGGGCGUGGUACGCUGGGCCGAGACCGUGAGAGAGGAAACGUGGUUUCCCGGAUUUGGCAGCAUUGCAGACGCUUAAGACGCGUGGGAUAGGCGCAGGACGUCGAGGACGUGGUGGCAUUUGGUGUAAGGGCGUGGUACCCGUAGGUCAUGGACCGAUAAACACAGGAGGCGGGGACGGAUAUAGGAACGUGGUCUCAGGAUGGACACUGAUAGACAUUUU